GGCUCUGGAAAGGAGAACAUGUCCACUGCUGUUGAAUUCUCUCUGGAUUGACUGGGAAUUUUGGUCUUUGCAUGGUUUUAAUUUCUGAUAGGCUGUUCAGCAGGACAUCCUGUCACCUGCUAGCGUAUGACAUGAGGCUGUUCUUUGCUACUUAGUGUGUCUAUUUCUGCCGGUGUCAAAUAUGGAGGUGUAUAGAAAGUAGUCGUACAUACAUUGUCCAUUUAUUUUGUUGGAUAUGUACAUUUUAGACAUCAAUUGAAUCAUGAAUAUCUCACCAAUGAUAAGCCCAAGGGAUCCAGUCACUGGCAUUCUGCUGACUCCAGCCAUGGCGAUGGAAAACAAAAUCCUGGAAUUUAUGUUCCAAAUCCACAAUGGGCAGUUCAACAAACUUGGAAAAUUCUACCUAAAACUCUCCGUUAUAAGCGUGUUCGCUGAUAACUAUGAUGGCGUAGAAGUUACCAUCAACAAUGAUGAGCCAGAGGGAAAUAAUUACGCAAUCACGGAUGCUGUCAUUCAGAAGACGGAAGAUGAGGAGUUAGACUUUUUUCAGAAUGUCUUCAAGUUUAGGUUACCAAAAGGUUUCUGUAAAAAUGAUAAUGCCCAUGAUGUCUUCCUCUUGGCCGAAGCAUUUGACAGCCCAGAGGGAGACGACGAUGGCCUUCCAAAAAAGACGGGUGAAGCGAAGUUUGCGAUCUACCCUCGUACGAAUGCGCCAAGGAUUGACCUGACGGUGGCCCCUGGGGAGGACAUGUAUCACUAUUCGGAUGUCUUGACGUUAUUGAAAACCCUGGAACAAGAAGAUGUUGAAAUGCAUUGUGGCAGAGUCAAGUUUUCAGUGUCAUUGCGUGAGGUUUCAGCACGGGUGCAGAGAACACCAACACCAACACCAGAACCCACCCCGCAACCAACCCCGCAACCAACACCAAAACCUGUGACACCGCCACCUCCAACUCAACGGGAAAGAACUCCACCACCGAAAAGAAAAACGACACCUCCUGAACCUCGGUGGAACUUACCAACGGGCGAUACACCCCCUUUGCCAUCUCAAAAAUCUUACAGUUUGACUGCAGACAAACCUUUAUCAGAGGAUCCGAACAGUCCCCGAGGGCAGGAGCGUCAUCUCAACGAUCACUAUCUCUUCAAACACGUGUCUAGACCUGGGACAGAGGACAUCACAGUUAUAUUCCAUGGUGCUACAACCUUACCCCCUGUCAGCAAUGGGGCAACGCCAUUACCAUUUGCCAUAGCUAAAACAAAAAGUGACGUAGACCAGCAACAUAAGGUAGAGACGGUUACUCAUACGUCAGAGCAUCCUACUCACUGUCCUAUGUGGGAAGAGACAGUUACGUUGAAUGUAGAAGAUGUCAAAGCAAAAAAUGAAGUGUUGAUCAUGACUGUAGCAGACAAGAACUCACGAGAAGUGUUGGUCAGUUAUAAAUUACCCAUUACUCACCUAGUGCCUUUCCAUCAGUAUCAUCUAGAAAUGGUCAUGCCUUCGAAGGGUGUGGUGAGUGGUAUACGAUUAUAUGCAACUAUUUUGAGGAAGACCACCACACUACCCAGAGACUUAUCCUGUCCAAAUUAUGUGGCUUUUGAGUGUUUAUUGAGAGCAGUACAGAAGCCGAUGGUCAACCCUGUAGGACCCCUCAUAGCCGUGGCUCGAAUAGUAUCAGACUUUCACUUAUACAAAAAAGAAUUGUUACAUGACGAUAUAAAGUUGGCCGGGAUAACUCUCACUACAGUCAUGUUCCCAUCUCCUCAUCCAUCGUCUUUCCAUGUGCCGCUGCAGGUUGACUCAUACCAAGGAUGUCCACAGCUUACCGCCCCAGGAAACCCGGAUGUCCAGCCGAUAUGGAACCACCCAUUUCUGUUCAGUAACCGUCGAGAUGUUGCUACCCUUUUCACGUCGACUGCAGCUCUUGUCUUGGAAUACUACACAUUCAAUACUGUGAUGACGGAGGCAGCAUGGAGUAUCCAGUCCCCUGUUGGAUACUCCUCCCUGGUCCUCGAUGAGAACAUGUACAAACAGUUGACUCGUGGAGACGGCAGGUUGGGUCUGCGCAUCAAUGGCUUGCCCAUUCAAGGCACAGAGUUAAUGUGUAAAGAGGAUGCUGUCCCCACAGUGGGCCUUAUUUUACGUCUCAUUACAACUGAGCGUCCUGACAAUCUAAGCCAAGUCCUUCAGCAUUCUUAUGAAAAGUUCCCUGCGAUCAAAAUCACCUACGAGGAAAAACCAGAAUCACCCCCACCAGAUGAACAGCCACGGCAGAAAGACCCACGCUACUAUUUACAGUACAAAUUGAAAAAUGCUCCGGUAAAAGAUGGUGACAACCUACCCUCCCACGAUGCCAUGGACACGAUCCUACCCGAAUACCAGUACAUCUUUAUGGAUCAACAUGGAGGGGGACAGCAGCAGCAACCAGGACCAAGCACAGCACGUCAACCACCACCACAAAAACAGAUCACUGGCGGAAAUGACCUUGAUAAACAGCAAUUCAACCUUCUUGACCAUCAAAUGAACGAGUUGGACCGGUACCGCCUUGCCGUACAGAAGAUGGGCCAGGACAUCCUCUCGUUGCGAGAGCAGGUCAGGGACUCCGAGAUGACGAAUAGUACACUCAAGCGAGAAGUCUUACGCUACAACGACGCCACAAAGUAUUUUCUCGACUCAUCGGACAUGGACGGAUUAACGAAGGCAGAAUUAGCAGCCAGAUAUAUUUCCUUAAAACAGACCCUGUCCAGUCAGACAACAGAGCUUGCUCAUUACAAAGAAAGAACUCAAAAAUUACAAAAUGAAUUAAUAAAGAAAAACGAUAAAGAAAAAGAGUACAUUCGACUAAGUCAGGCGCACAAAGCCCAGCAGGAUCUUCUGCAUCGACUGCAAGAUAAACAACAGAGGGAGUCCAAGAUGAAGGAAGCAUUUAAGAAACAGGAACAAGUCAUUGAGAAGAUGGAGAAGAUGUUAUCAGAGCAACAGAAGGGAAAGGAGAAAGACCCAACAAAGGAUGCAGCAUAUCAGGCAUUACUGGCAGAGAAUAGACGCUUACGGGAUAACCUGAAGGAGGAAAGGGCUGAUGCAAGGCGGGGGCCUGACGACGAGGAUGAGAAGUUAGAGCUCUAUCAGCAAUUAGACAAAGCCCAGGGCCGUAUCAUGGGUUUAGAAAAGCAGUUGGCUGAUAAUGCACGGAAGUGGGGCAAAGAGAAGAAUGAACUCCUGGUGCGACUCUCAGAGAUGGAGCAUGGCCUGGGACGGUCGGGGCAGAAACCACUGCAGGAUUAUCUUCUCUCGCCCAUGGCAAUACCCCAGCUCCUACCAAACCUAAAACCCCCUCUGCCUUCAAUAUCGGAACGACCAAUGACGAUGAUGAGCCGUCAAGAAGAUAUUCCAAGGCCCCUCGAGGAAACAAGCAAAAGUUAAAGCCGCUCGGAUACUAGACUUUUCAUCCUGUAAUGUUGCAGGGUACUCAAUCAAUUUCAGGUAUAGAAACGACCAAUCUGGGACCAAAAUCACUGUCCCUGAUAGAGGUUCCACAGUACUGGUAUAUGGAAGUGGGUCUUAUACUAAGGUGAUCUGAAUGAUGUGUCAUGGCCCCAAAGGUCUGCCUUGACAUGGUCAAGCUGUCCAAGAAAGUACAAAUUCUGCUGAAUCUUAAAAAGUUAAAGACUUUUCAGUGAAUGCUUCAAAGUGGUCUAGUGGUUGCUGUGGAUGGAGGAUGUUGUUUUUCAACUGAAUACUCAGGAUCGACGUUCAAAAUGAGCGCCUUAGUAGGAGCUGUGAUAGGGCAGUUUAUUUGAUCAUAGCCAUGCUGCAGGGGGAUGGGUUGGGGUGGGGUUGAGGUGUCUGAAGAGUCUGCUGAGCAGGUCAAGUGGUUGGUAGGUGAUAGGAUGUCACGGUUUGAUACUCAAGAUGUGCAAAAAAUAUGAAUAUGAAUAUUGCCAGUUAUGGCCCAGUACAUAUACCUCUGUUUAAAAAAAUAAGAGGAGUAUGAUUUGAAUUUUACUGACCACUGGGCAUGUACAGUUCUGUAUUGUAAUGAAGGGAUAAGUCCUUCUCCAUUUCAUGAAAAAAUGGUGCUGAAAGCAAAACAAACCUAAAAUCAGAGUGCCAAUUUUUUCAUGAAAUGGGAGUAUAGGUCUUAAAAAUCACACAUUUUCAUUAAUCAUUGUUGUAUUGUUGUAUAAAACAAUUCAGUUCUUUGUUGUAAAUAAUUCAAUUACCUCAAGUUAUGAAUAUAACCAGAAUACUUUGAUCCCCGGAUCCCACUUGCAGUUGUCUUGUCUCGGAAGGCCUGGUUUUGUUCGGGUGUGGUUUAGAGGUCAUUAUCAUUGUGGAAAUAUUCUCAAGAUCUCUAGUUACAAUUUCAUCAUGAUUUCUGUUUAGAUAAUGUUCAAAAGCAUUCCACGUACUUUGUAAAUACAUCUAUCGUUGUUCAGGUGUAUGAACUUGCAAAUAAAGUAAAUCAUAGCCAAUCAGAAA